CGCACGCGCGCCAGCGCGUACCUCAGCAAAAUUAAAUUCCGGGUGUGCAAGAAUCCCAAUCAGGAACAUUGACCCCAUCUCAUCCACCCUGCCUGUCAAUGGGCUCGCAUCCGACGACGGAGCGUUACUACAACAUCAACCCAAAGUUCGGACCCAGAAAAAGUUGCAAAAGACACGUCAAACUUGCUCCUGAUUCCAACAUCGCGUUACUACGAAGUUUUCUUAUCAUGCAGGCCGAUGACGCGCUGAAUUCAUCAUGGAUAAGAACUUCGUAGGUGUCUGGGGUCUCUCAUCAAGGGAACGCGUCCCAGAUUCAUGGCGUCCGUUCGAUUAAACCUGUGGUUCUUUCAUCUGCGGCACAUUCUUCCCGUCUAGCUCAGGCUUGUAGAUCGCUCAUCCCUGUUGCUUUCGUUCCUUGUUCAUGUCGACCCCAACAGCCAGCCGCCCCAGCAUGAGUAGAUACACGCAACACUCGCCGCCGUCCUCGUCCGAGUCGGCGCAUCGCUCGAGCCCAACCGACCCUCUUUCUCCGCCGCGUCCAUUUUUCUUAUCACAAGACUCUCGUCGAAGUUCAGACUCCUCCUCCUUAUCCGACUCGGGCCGAGAUUCACAGGUGCCGCUGACCACCAAAUCCCGCAUCUCCCAGGCGCGGCGUCGCUCAGGCAUGGAUCCUUCCUCUGGAGCUAAUCAGUAUGCUCCCGUCUCUUCCUCAACUCCAACUUCUGCCAAAUCGCCUGCGUCUCGACGCAACUCGAACCCCUUCGAGCACGAGGCCGCGGGUUACACUCAUUCACAGGAUGGUGAAUAUGCGCCACUGGGAGGCGCUGGGACCGAGGACUAUGAACUCUCACCAACUUGGAAUGCUAGUGCCCUCUACCACAAUGACAUCGAAGACGGAUCGACAGGCCGCGGGCGUUCGUCGCGGCCUCCACCCAGCAGCUUUCAGUUCCCGUUCCAAGCGUACCCGGGAAACCCUGAUCCCAUUCCUCGUCGUCAGCGAUCUCGUUCGUCAAGUGUCACAUCUCAGAACCGCCACGCAUUUUCCGAAUCAUCUCACGACUCGCCGGUUGUAGCAAAUCCCCCGCCGACUGCCUUCAUGGACCGUGGCCGCAACGCGUCGACGUCGUCGCUCGGAGGAAAUGGUGUUUACCGCGGCUCUGCUAUCAUGGGGAUGAUGUCGGGCUCUCAGACUGCCCUUGCCAGCGAAGGCGGGCAAGAGGUCAUCAUGCAGGAACUUCGCAGUGGACCCAGUCGACCUUUUGCGAAUGAGGAGGGUAUCCCUCGCACAUCGUCUCAGCCAUCGUUUCGAGCUCCCUUUCUGUCUCCUGCUUCCCGGCCAAGCUCGUCAUUUUGGACGCCGCCCACAUACCCAUACUCAGGAACCUCGACCAUGGGCGGAUCCUCGAGCGCACUGGCUCUUCCAGGACCUCGAGCGCCCGCUCCUUCGACACGAAUUGCAGCCAAAUUGACCAAGGAAGAUAAGCCAUGGCUGCAACGAGCUGCACCUCGGGCGCGUGUUUCGUGGUGGAUGACUUUGUUCUGCAUGUUCUUGGGUGUGCUUGGUGGAUUCGGCAACGCUGAAUUCCAAAUCGCGUCCUCUUUCGACAACAACUCAUAUGUCUCGAACGGAGAGCUCUACAUCAUGCCUACAUUGACGUCGGACUGGUUGGGCGACAGCACCGUCAACUCGGGCACUAUCACGCUCAAUCCCUGCACGGAAGCGCUGACGAACGCGACGGCCUGCACCGCUUCGGGUAAUGGCGUGGACCAGGUCAUCAAUCCCAUCAUGAGUGCCCGCAUCAGUACCAAGGACCACUAUUCGAUGACAUACGGCCGCAUUGAAGUCCGCGCGAAACUACCUCGAGGGGACUGGCUGUGGCCUGCGAUCUGGAUGUUACCCACGAGCGGCACUUGGCCAGUCGAUGGGGAGAUCGACAUCAUGGAGGCCCGGGGAAAUGGACUGUCGUACGGAGCUCAGGGCAGCAACUUCGUGAGGUCGACCGUGCAGUACGGUCCUUUCGCUGGGCUCGUCCACAGGCUGUUUGGCUGGUACAGUCUCAAGCGCGCAGGCUUCAACGAGGGAUUCCACACUUACGGCUUGGAAUGGGACGACAAGUUUAUGCGUUUCUAUGUCGACAGCAGGAUUCACACCGCCCUGGAUCUGACAACCAAGAACUCCAAGAGCAGUUUCUGGAACCGUGCUGGCUUUCCGCAAACAGCCCAGAACGGCUCUGCGCAAGUGGUGGUGCAAAAUCCGUACAAAAACCUCAACAGUCCCUUUGAUCAACCCUUCUACUUGAUAAUUGACCUAGCAGUCGGAGGCACGAGCGGAUGGUUCCCCGACAGUGUCGGCGGCAAGCCCUGGUUCGAUGGCUCCCUGACUGCCAUGUCUGACUUUUGGAAAGCCAAGAACACCUGGUAUCCCACCUGGCCAAAGAAUGCGGCAGAUGGUGCAUUCCGAAUGUGUCGACUAUGUGAAAAUGUGGAAAAAGUGUUGAUCAAACAGGGGAGCUUUAUCUCCGCAUACCCAUUUUGGACAAUAGAAUACACGUAUCUGUAUGAUUCUCCACCAUGCAAACCGCCGAGAGUAUCAAUUCAACCCUAUUACGGUCGCGUGACGUCAUGCAAGCGUGUUCAUUAUGUAAUGCUGGUUCUGCAGUUGGGCGUUGCCGAGAGGAACGUGGACAACGACGGCUUGAAUGACCGACAACAGCAUGUCCGCGGUUGCGGAAGAUGGUACCCCGGACACCCGGACAUCGAACUUUUCCGGUCACAAUCACUCCCUUCAGAUCAGCAGAAUGCUCGCGUCACCUGUGCUACGAUGGACUACGACCGAUGGGACGCACUCUUGCACUAUCUGUUCAAACAGACUCAGGGCGAUGCCUGGUUUCGCCCCGAUGAGCCUGUGUCUUCUGGAGUGGCUCUCCGUGUCUCUGACGGGACGCGAUCUACUGGCGGUAGUGGAACGAACACUCCAACAGGCGGUCAAACUGGACCUUCCUUUCGUGUCUUCCCAUACGAAAAUCCCGCGCUCGAACCUUUCGAGACUGCAGUCACUGCCCUCAAUCCUCAGGUCGCUGUGAAAAUACGAAGUGCAGCAGUUCAUGCCGCUUUGGCUGAUAUAGCGAUGGACGAGAAAAGUAUUUACGUCGAUGCCAACACCCGAAUACAGGUCCUCGACAACAUGCUCAUGCUUCCUCAUGCAGAGAAGGAACAAUGUGCUGCUUUCAUUCGCGACGAGCGCGUGCUCGUGGUCUGGUCUGAUUCUCUGGACUCCAUCAUACCAACCUGCCAGGAUUUCGAAGACCGGCUCAUUAAACUGCUCUGGCGUUCACGCCCCUCAGGACCCUCGGCUUCCUCUCAUCUCGGCUCGGCUACAGGCUCAGUCACGUCGCACUCUUCGCUGCCCCCUCGUCCGGACGAGCGCAGUCCUUACGAUCCUGAGAAGCCCAUGGUGUCAGAGGAAGGGGGUGCAUUGCAGACACGCAGCUCUCAGGUUCGGACUCGCCGCACUUGGUAUGGGAGAAAGGUUGCGACAACUGCUGCGUUUGCGGCUGAUUUGGAGGCGGAUCGUCGUGACGUCCGUGCGGCAACUUUGUAUGCUCCAGUCUACAACGGGCUCGCUGCUGGCCUCUCCUUCAUCUUCAUCGGAACUGGUGUGAAGACUUUGCUGCAGGAGUGGGUUCUGGACAACUCUUUCAUUCGUUUCGCACUUUGCGCAUUGUGCCCGCUGCUUUGGUGUGUCGGACUGUUCUUUGCUCUCCAACUGAUUCAGAACAUCGCGAUGUGUAUCGGACCUGUCGCUCACUUCCAUGAAAACUCCAAGUAUUACAGUGCAAUCAAACCCCGUGCCAAUAAAGCUGUCGACGAGAAUCUGCCUCACAUCACCAUCCAGAUGCCGGUCUACAAGGAAGGCCUCGACUCUGUGCUCGCACCAUCCAUCGAGUCGUUGAAAAAGGCGAUGCAAACCUACGCUCGCCAAGGCGGAACCUCGACUAUCUUUAUCAACGACGAUGGUUUACGGUUGCUUUCACCUCCUGACCGCGACGAGCGUCUUGCCUUUUAUGCUAAUCACAACAUCGGCUGGGUUGCUCGACCAAAACAUCAGAACGAGAAAGACGGCUUCAAACGUGCCGGAAGGUUCAAAAAGGCAUCAAACAUGAACUAUGGACUAGAGCUUUCCCUGAAGAUGGAACGACACCUGGAGCGACUUGUAGCCAGCCAACCCAAUGCCGGCGCCACGCCGACUCUGGCUGACCUUGGCGGAGAUCCGAAUGCACCGUUGCCACCGCCUCCCGGAGCUUUCCACACCAAAAGCUUUUACGGUGCCGGGCAGUACGGCUUACAGUACCAGAACCGUGAGGGCGAAGACAUGAACGUUCCCUCUAGCCUCAUGGGGGAAACCCCUGGUGCCGAUGAUCUCGAAGAACGCGCGCUGGCCAUGGCCAUGGACGAGAUGUAUGAUGAAACGGGCAAGAUGUACCGUCCCUGGGCAGCGAAUGGGAAAUCAUGCCGUCUUGGGGAGUACAUCCUCAUCGUCGAUUCCGACACGGUGGUACCGGAAGAUUGCUUGCGAGAUGCAGCGCGCGAGUUGUCAGAAUGUCCCACUGUCGCAAUCAUUCAGCACGAGUCGGAUGUCAUGCAGGUCGCACAUCACUACUUCGAGAACGGCAUCGCAUACUUCACUAGGCGGGUCAACAGAUGCAUUUCUAUGGCCUGCGCCAAUGGCGAGGUGGCGCCAUUCAUGGGCCACAAUGCGUUCUUGAACUGGAAAUCAAUCCAAGAUGCUGCCUUCAUUGACCCGGCCGAUGGAAAGGAGAAGAUUUGGAGUGAAACCAAUGUCAGCGAGGACUUUGAUAUGGCACUACGUCUGCUGCUUCGCGGCUACAUCAUCCGCUGGGCAACCUACUCCAACGGUGGUUUCAAAGAGGGCGUCUCUUUGACUGUGGAUGACGAGCUCAAUCGGUGGCAAAAGUAUGCUUACGGUUGCAGCGAACUGUUGUUCAAUCCCCUUGCACAAUGGUGGAGAAAGGGUCCGAUCACCUCCCAAAUCCACAAGUUUAUGUGGUGCAAACCGGCGCCGAUGCAUUACAAAAUUUCCAUGCUGGCGUACAUGUUUUCGUACUAUGGUAUCGCUGCCUCGGUUACCAUCGGCCUCAUCAACUAUGUGCUGCUAGGCUUCGAAUUCCCCGUCGAUGGCUUCUACCGUCCAAGUUUCGAGAUCUGGCUGGCAUGUACCGUUGUUUUCUUCGGCACGGGCACAGUCGGCUACACUCUACUCGAGUAUCGUUUGGGCCACAAGAACAUGAUUCACGGCGUGUUUGAAAACCUGAUGUGGAUCCCAUUCUUCUUUUUCUUUUUCGGAGGUCUCGGCAUCCCAGUGAGCCAGGCUAUCCUCGCACACCUGUUCUCGUACAACAUCCAGUGGUCUGCGACCAUCAAGGAAGUAGAACGCUCCAAUUUUUUCAAAGAAAUUCCCAAGAUCCUCAAGCGGUUCUGGUUCCCUCUCCUUGCCUGUGUCAUUAUCAUUGCUGCUUUAAUUGUGCUUUCGACCGGAAUUGUGCCUAUCCAAUGGCGUGUCACCGGUAGUUCUUGGGGUGUAAUUUUCCCAUUGUCUGUUGUCGCUGCAUCUCAUAUCCUGUUUCCCAUUGUCUUGAACCCUUGGCUCAUGGUUUUCUCGUACUGACCAGCCUGGACAUUGUUGUCGAAUACACGAUCUUUUGUACAUUACUUGCUGACUCUAGAUCAACAUUUACGGACCAGUUACCGCUACGAUUGCCUUUACAUACCAUACCGUUAAACAAUCUCAAUUGAAGAUGCGAACAUCGACUGACUUCAUAUCAUGUAUAUUGAGAUCGACAAACACUUACACACGACGCGUCCGGUCACGCUUCUUGGUCAUGACGACCACAAUCCCCACUUUCUGGCAGUCUCUCGUCGCGGGAGGACUUGCUGGAACCUCGGUCGAUCUACUUUUCUUUCCCGUUGACACGAUCAAGACGCGACUCCAAUCUCCUCAAGGGUUUGUCAAUGCAGGAGGUUUUAGGGGAAUCUACAAAGGUAUAGGAAGUGUUGGCGUGGGAAGCGCUCCAGGAGCUGCUGUCUUCUUCGCGACAUAUGAUACACUCAAGAAGGCCUCGCCACUCCCAGCCGAGUUGAGCGCGCUCACGCAUGUCGUCUCUGCAUCUAUGGGCGAAAUUGCAGCUUGUUUGGUUCGCGUGCCGACAGAGGUGAUCAAAACACGAGCUCAAACUUCAACAUACGGUCCCGGGAAAUCAUCUCUCGCAGCCGCAAAACAUGUUCUAGCCAGUGACGGUCUGCGAGGGUACUACCGUGGCUUUGGAACGACCAUCAUGCGCGAGAUCCCCUUUACAUCGAUACAAUUUCCCCUCUAUGAAGCUCUCAAGGCACGGUUGUCUGCUUUCACGGGGCGGAAGCCGUUGUAUGCACAUGAAGCUGCAGUGUGUGGAAGUUUCGCGGGUGCAGUCGCUGCAUCUCUGACGACCCCGUUGGACGUGCUCAAAACACGUGUCAUGCUGGAUAUGCGGGACAUGACGCAGCAACAACCUUCUAUCCCUGCUCGGUUCUUUCUCAUCUAUCGAACAGAGGGCGCUUCCGCACUAUUUGCGGGUGUGGUUCCCCGAACAUUAUGGAUUUCAGCAGGUGGAGCAGUCUUCCUGGGCAUGUACGAGUGGGCCGUGCACGGUCUCAUGGGCUGGUAGCUGGCCGCGGUUUAAUCUUAUCUACGGUUUAUCUAGUUAAGUACAUUGUGCCAACAGUUUAGAGAUGCUGCGUACACGUGAUUCGCACUUUGUCUGCCACGACCACAAGAUGCUGAGCCCUGCGUGGGCGGCGACGAGCUCGCCCAUUGAGGUCCUUAUCACCCGAGCAUGCGAUCCCUCUCUACAUGAGCCCAACUAUGCCAUGCAUCUCGAGGUCGCAGAUUUCAUCAACCAGAAAAAGGCCAACAAUCCUCGCGAAGCCGCCAUGCUGAUUGCCCGUCUCGCCUGCAACCGCAAUCCCCAUGUGGCCCUCCUCGCUCUGGCCCUCUUGGACACCCUCGUUCCCUCAUGCGGAUACCCCUUCCAUCUCCAGAUCAGUACAAAGGAGUUCUUGAACGAACUAGUGCGUCGGUUUCCGGAUCGCCCCCCGCCGUUCCCGGGCCCAGUCAUGUCCCGCAUCCUGGAGUGCAUCCAGAACUGGAAGGACACGAUAUGCACGGAAUCGCGGUGGCGGGAGGACCUGACGAACAUCGUGGACAUGCACCGGCUGCUGAUGCACAAAGGAUAUCGCUUCCGCCAUGUACCGCGCCAGCAGCCCAGCGCUUCGUCGACUGCAUCCACGGUCGCUGCGAACCUUAAAAGCGCAUCGGAGCUGGAAGCAGAGGAUCGGGAGGCGCAGAGCGCCAAGUUACAGGAGUUGAUUCGACGAGGUACACCCAAAGAUCUACUUGUCGCGCAAGAGAUCAUGAAGUCGUUGGCUGGUGCGGAUCCAUCGAAUCAAGUCGAUUACCGCAGCCAAGCGCUCUCUGAGCUGGAGCGAUUGGAGAGCAAGGUCGUAUUGCUAGUGGAGAUGCUAGACAAUAUGGCCAGUGGGGAGCGAACCGUUGCUGGAGAUGCCUACGAGCAAGUAGCAGAUAUUCUGAGUGCGUCACGACCCAAGAUUCAAAAGUGGAUCUCAGAUGCGGAGACUAACGAUGAUGAUUCUGAAUCUUUGGAUACCUUCCUUCAAAUCAACGACCAAAUCAACAAUGUUCUCGCGCGAUAUGAAGCCUUCAAACGCGGGGAUUAUGAGGCCGCGGCGAAUCCCGUGCCGUCCCAAUAUGGUGCUCCGCCGGCAAGCACGUCGUUGAUAGACUUCGACGACAUCUCUGCACCUGCUGCCGCAAACAGCGGCGUUAAUGAGCUGGAUGGGUUGUUCGGGUUGGGAUCUACAGCCCCCCAGCCAUCGUUGGGCCCGGCAUUGGCUAGCUCGCCACCGCCAGCUGUCAACGUGGCCACGCGACCGGUGAUGAGCCCGUCCCCGUCAGUGUUCUCCCAGACUCCCGGUGCCAUCAUGCUCCCUGGGACCCCAAUCCCGCAGUCUCAGCCGACGAAACCGACGAUGGGAUAUCUCGCCGGCUCACAGCCAACGAAUGGCAGCUCAGUGCCUCAGUCAUCACAACACCAAGGCAAAGACCCAUUCGCAGAUCUAGCCGGGCUGUUCUAGUGGUAGAUAGCAGGCACAUAUGUAUUGUGGAAGGUAGACUUCUGGCAUCAAGCUGCAGUCGGUGCAAGGACAA